AUGUCGUAUCAAGAGGAACUAGAAAAAAAAAUGCGCGAACGUCUUGAAAAGUCAGGGCAAAUAGGGAAAAUGCGAGCAAUGAUUACUGAAGCGUCUCUUCAGGCCCUAUACGCGGAAGACAAGGAGAGCAACAACACCGAUCAACCGAACAAAGAAAAACUUUUCAUGCCAAGUACAUUUCUCAUAGAGGCUAAGUCGUCUUCUCAGGGAAAGGAGCUGCUCGCAAAUGUGCACCAAUUCUUAGAAUACCUCGGUCUGGAAUAUACUGCUAGGGUCUUUCUCAUGGAAGCUGAUCUAUCAGGAGAUAGUUUGAAUGCAUUCACGCACAAUGAUAGGCCUAAUUCGCAGUCUUCAUUUAUGUCCAAACUUAAUUUUUCUGCCCUCACUAACCUUCCACAUACUGACUCCAGCGCCCUAAAAAAAUACGCGAGUGACGUGGGAACAUUGACUUUGAAUAAACCCAGCGAGAUCGACAUCAAGGAUGAAGAAGAUUCAGUGAAUCAUUCAGAUGGAGAGCAGGUUGGUGGUGAGGAUACUACUUAUAAUAUUUCUUCUUGGAAGAAACGUAGCUUUGUGCGUGCCAAUGGCUUGGUGUCGGGGCAGCAGAUUCAACUAGAAUAUCUGACCGACUGCAGUGUAUUGAUCCUUGAUCCUCUGGACAGCAUCACAGUGGACGACUGCGAAGGUGGGGAACUCAUUAUCGCAGCUUGCGAGGGAAGCGUCUUUCUGAGAAAUUGCAAGGGCAUGACCGUUCACGUAGCAUGCAAACAGCUUCGCACGCGGGAUUGCGCGAAUCUCAACAUCGAUCUCUUCACCACUACCGACCCAGUGGUCGAAAUGAGUCACCACAUAUCUUUUAGACCUUUUCACUUGCGUUUGCCUGGCCUCAAGAAGAAAUUCGCUGAAGCACGGCUGGACCCAAAGGUGAACCGUUUCGUUCAUGUCUAUGACUUUACUGCCACCGAGGUUACGCUUCCACAACCACAUUUUACUGUAAUGUACCCUAAACACGGGGUAUCCCUAGAAGCACGCCACGCUGAAUAUGGAACUCCCGAGUGCCCGGAAGAAAUUGAGCAACUGUUGAAGGGCACGCUCCUCCCCGCGGUCAGUUCGGAAUCUCAGGAAAACAAAAGCCACGAUAUCAAGAAUGGGUCGAAAAUGUGGGCUAACAUGGGUAAUACUAAUUCUAAAGAGAUUCAAAAACCUCUUACAAUACCAAGAGUUGAUUAUACACCCCCGAAUUUAUCUCCUAUAGUUGAAGCAAGCAAAGUAAGUAAGCCUGAUUCCCUUAAUGAAGGAAGUAGUGCAAAUAAUUUAGGAAUUCCCAAAGUUGUUAUACGUUCGGUAAAUGACCCUAUCGGGCGACCACCAGCAGGACCUGGGAUACAGGCUGGCAAUAAUGCCGCCACAAAUAGUACUGAAACGAGUUUUGAUGACAACAGCUACUCUUCCUUCGAAAACGAAAGCGCUGUUGAUAGUCAUGACAAAUAUGAAGUUGAAGAGGACGAUGAUGACUUCUAA